AUGAAGAACAGGGCCUUGGGCGUAUGUAAGAGCAAUGGAAAUGUUCUUAAUUCUGCUCGCCGAGUGAUCCGUGCACGUCUGACAGAGGCAGAUACGGAGACUGAGCAGACGCACGGUGGAGGUGCUGUGAUUGGGGAUGGACAGUCAGCUGUGGCCAGCAACAUUGCCAACACCACCUACCGACUCCAGUGGUGGGACUUCACUAAAUUUGAUCUGCCUGAAAUCAGCAAUGCCUCUGUGAACGUCCUUGUUCAAAACUGCAAGAUUUACAAUGAUGCCAGCUGCGAUAUCUCUGCUGAUGGGCAGCUGCUGGCAGCCUUCAUUCCCAGCAGUCAGAGAGGCUUCCCUGAUGAGGGAAUACUGGCUGUGUAUUCUCUGGCACCCCAUAACUUGGGCGAGAUGCUCUACACAAAGCGAUUUGGCCCUAAUGCCAUUUCUGUGAGCCUGUCUCCAAUGGGCAGAUACGUAAUGGUGGGACUGGCUUCCCGGCGUAUCCUUUUACACCCCUCCACAGAACACAUGGUUGCUCAAGUCUUCAGGCUGCAACAGCCCCACGGUGGAGAAACCUCAAUGAGG